CAGGAAGCGAUUUGUAAACACGCGUCUCCGCGAGCAAAGCUGUCACAAGACCCGCCAGAGUGCGCAGCAGAGGUGUUUCCCCACACUUUUCAAGACUUUCACAGUAAGUUAGGCACUUCAUCCAGGUGCACAGACACUCCUGAGCGCACAGGUGAGAUCUCCAGCGAUGGUCGAGGUGUUUUCAGGCCGGACUCUGGUGAAUAAAGAAGGAGAUCUGGUGGAUCCAGAGCAAGCUCUCCGGAAUAAAGUGGUCGGUCUGUAUUUCUCGGCUGGAUGGUGUCCUCCGUGUCGAGACUUCACCCCGCUGCUGUGUGAUUUCUACACCGAGCUGGUGGAGGAGCGCGAGCCUCCUGCACAGUUUGAGAUCGUCUUCAUAUCCUCGGAUAAAUCCGCAGAAGACAUGGUGGAGUAUUAUCAUGACAUGCACGGGGACUGGCUGGCGCUGCCCUGGACGGAUCUCUACAAACACGAACUGAAGAAGAGAUACAACAUCACAGCCGUACCGAAGCUGGUCAUUGUGAAGGAGAGCGGUCAGGUGAUCACAGACAAAGGCCGAAAGCAGAUCCGGGAGCAGGGUCUGGCGUGUUUCCGGAGCUGGCUGGAGGUGGCCGAGAUCUUCCAGAACUUUAAAGGCUGAGAAUCAAGCGGAGAAGGGCUGCUGAAACCAACGCUUUACCUGCAGAAAAGAGCCAGAACAUUCUUAUGCAAUCGUGUGCAAGAGCUUUAAACAUGUCUUUUCAGGUCAACAACCCACACGACUAGUCAAAAGUUACUUUACUAUUAUUCUUAAAUAAUGUGGCAGUGAGUAGAUGUGUCCAAACUUUUGACUGGUAGUGUAUUUAAAGGAAUAGUUCACCAAAAAAUGAACAUU